ACAGGCAGCGAACAACGCAGCACCGAUGGAGGCGAUACGAGUGAAUCCACAUUAGCGGGAGACUCGAUCAAUGUUCCGGCGGUCGCUCGACGACGCGUGACUACAACAACAACAACAACUGCUACUACUCACACGACGAACAACAGCAGCGGCAGUGAAACCAACGACAACCGCCGUGUGAGCGGAGGCGGUGAAUCUAGUAGUGCUCCACCUGUGCUGCCGCUUCACCAUCGCCGUGAAGCAAGCUUGGGCUGUGAAAGCGAUCAAACCACUUGUACAGCUCCUUCUCCAAAUACCAUCAUGGAAGAAGCGGCGGCUCCUGUGGUGCCAUUGCAUCGAAGACAUUUAGCAGCCAACAAUAGUACUACUCCAGGCUCUUUGCCUUCUCUAUCGCUCCCUUCUUCGCCCAGCAGGGGAGCACUGGCAUCAUCAGAGGAGGAGAGUGUGGCAGAAUUCGAAGAUGUCAGCGAAGAAGUUUCCGUUGCGGAGUUGAGUGAAUGUGAGGGAUCCUGCUCCAGUAUCGAGACCACGGCAAGAAACAUUGAAGAAAUCGAAAACAACCACAAUCCACUUCCAAGCAAGGUGGCCGUCGUGCCGGCCAGAACGGACUCGUCAACAAUCUGCUCCACUUCCACUACUGGACGACGUCCCGCCAAAAAGAAAAAGAAAAAAUCUACUACCUUUAUUACGAGCACAUCCUCCUCUUCGACAACCAAGGAUGUACGAUUGAAAGUUGUCGAUCGCAGUACCACUAGUAUGAGUCAAGACCACAGCAGCACGCCAACUUCCAAUACUGGCGUGGCCGCUGCUAACAGUGUCAGAGGAGAAGGAAAUUCCGCUUCGCAACCAUCGCCUCCUGUUUUAAGCGCCAUCAAAAUUUUAGCAGCGCAACCCGCUACAGAGGGACCCACUGUGGCAUCGCAACACAGCGAUGUUCAUCGACCCAUGUCACUCCCCAAAUUCUCAAACCCAGAAAAUUGCAUGUGGACAUCCACACACGCCGCAAAUUGCCCUUCGGAAGAUCGAAGCUCUUCGCUCGUCAAUGUAUUGCUACAACCAUUGCCACCCAACUUUGAUUCCGAAACACAAUUACCACCGCUCGAACCGGACUACAGUACGCUCAUUCGUCUCAGUCUGUGGUCCGUCAUUGAUGGUCACGGAGGAGGAUGUGUGGCGACGUACGCUUCGGAGGUACUCUUGCCACAUAUUGCUGCAUCCAUUUCAAGAGCACUCGGGUGUGCCAUUGUCGAUCGAGGAGUCUGUACGGUCAAUGGUCAAUUGCGAGAUGCCAAUGCGUUAGACCUCGAUGGACUCAUCAAAACGUCCGAUCGAGGAUCUCUGGGAAACCCAAAUUCUAUUCACUAUCGAUCGCCGUUUGAACGCUCGGACAGUGAAGAGGAAGACGAAAUAAUGGAUGCCGUGACGACAGCCAACAAUAGCGCACCACCUCCCCCUCCGAACCGAUCACCGCCCGCUACGGACGAAGAAGACAACAAUCCAAUGAGUAGUGACAACAACGACGGCGACAGCAAACGGGGGGUGCUUCAGACCGCAGCGUCGCGCCGACGGUCACUACCCGCUGGUACAGAUGAAGAAGACAACCAUCCAAUGAGUAGCGACAAUAAUGACGGCGACAGCAAAAUGGGGGUUCCACUGAUUCAGGCCGCAGGGUCGCGCCGACGAUCAUUACCCGCUACAGAUGAAGAAGACAACAAGACAAUGAGUAGCGACAAUAACGACGCCGACAGCAAACGGGGGGUUCCACUUCUUCAGGCAUCAGGGUCCGCGUCUCCACACCCGGGCAGUGCCUCGGUUAGCUCCGUGAAAACUUCUGUAAAAACGGCAGCAUCCGAAAAGCACCAAGAGGCUCGAGUAGGAACUCAUUCUCCAAGGGAAGUGGCCGCCAUUACACAGGCAAUUACCGAAUCAUUCUUGGCCGUCGAUGAAGGUUGGAUUAAUUCCAUUGACCCUGUCGCUACCCACCAAACCUCGUGUCAAAGCAAUGGCCGAUGGAAUUCGGGGGCAUGUGCGUUGGUGGUCUUUACGAUUCAGCGGUUGGAUUGGACGGAUAUUUCGGGAAAUGGUCCCGACGAUCGAGAAAAAGUGCGCGGUGGUCCUGGAAAAAGUCGAGGACACGAUACGUCCCAAAAUCGUGAUGCUGCACGACGACGAAUGCUGGAUUUUGCUUCCAGGGCCAAGAGCGCCAGUUCCAUGAGCACCGUGUCGUCAACUUCCUCGCUGACCACCGAAGAAGCUGUUCAUGCAUCGGGUCUCGAAUCGGAAAUUACAGAAACCGAAGGAGAAGACGAUGUCAGCCAAUCGAAAGGCCGUGCUGGUCUAGGCAGGCGAUAUCCAGCUCGGAAAUCUACGGACGCCGUCAACACCAUCCCGAAGGAAUCACUUAUUAGUGCUCCGGGAGGAUGCUCCUGUCACUGUUACCGUGCUCACGACGCCAUUCUCUACACGGCUCAUGUGGGAGACUGCAGAGCCGUGAUGUUGGGAUCGGCGCCUCCACGAACCAUCAAAGUGCGAGACUCUUUUGCCGAUCACCCCGACACCACGGACGACGAAUCCAGCCAUCACAGUAGUGAUGAAACAGAGUGUCUCAGUAGUAGUGACCACGACGCGGACAGUAGCGACGAUGACGAAAUCAUGGAGGUGGAAAAGCUGUCCGUGGGAAGCAACAAUAAUCGCAAGGCAUCCGCUUCCGCGACGACGGGAACGGGGAGCACUCCGUCAUUGAUGACCUAUAUGAAACGUCCCGCGAGAAGAUCUCGCCGUCGAACCAUGGAUGAUACCGGGGCAAAUGCGCCUUUCAUUGCUCUGCCGCCACUGGAAGAGAACGAAAGUAUUUAUCAUUGCCAUUCCGCGCCGAUGAUCGAGCUGGAAGUUGCAGACAUGGAACGACGGGAGAGACGAAAGCAGCGGGCGUUGGCCUCUGCGAGCAACGGGGCUAGUGCCGCGGCUGCUGCCGCGGGCACUCCGACAUCAAACAACAACAAUAACAACGGCGGAACCCAAGAAAGUGGAAAGGAUCCCUCGGAUUCAUCCACUUCUUCUCAAGACAGUGACGAUGUCAUGCGGCUAAUUCACCUUCCACCAGUGGCUCGUCCGAUUGACCUCACCACGGAUCACUCUGCUUACAAUCCCGCCGAAGUGACAGCAGUGCUUCGACGAUGCAACAACGCUCCCAGGGCUAUAUCGGCGGGUGUUGGAGGUGGCAUCAAACGCGUGGCUGGGAGCUUAGCGGUGACCCGAGCGUUGGGUGACGCUUAUCUGAAAACUCCCAAACUCUCCUUCCUGCCAUACAAGAGUCACGCGCCUUACAUCACGGCACGACCAGAGGUCAAUUGCCGUCCUGUGUCGUCGACAUCCGACAAAGUGCUGAUCCUUGCCACGGAUGGAGUUUGGGAACGAGCCAGUGGCGACGAUGCCUUGAGAUGGGUGAGAAAUUUCUAUACGGAACGUAUUGCCGAAGCAGAGAGGCGAAAGAUUCGCAGACUGAAGGAAGGCAAGCAGUCGUUUGCCAAAGACGUGCCGACAUCGGUCAUCUUGUCUCCGAACUAUUAUGACAUUCGCUUAGCACCGGCUAGUAGCAAUGGAAACACUCUCUUGAACAGCAGUGGCAACAACAGCGUUGUCAAGGGCUCUUUGGAACUGGAGCAAGAGCAGGAACGUCAGGAUGAUCAAAAUCAAAAGAUGGACACGAAAUCGUUGGAAUUGGAUUUGGAUUACUCUGGGCGCAGCAGGAGCCGGAAGCGUGGUGCAGUGGAGCCUCGCAGCCCAAGCCCCCCAAGCAACAAGCGACGCAAGAGGGGCGGUCGUCGGGGCAACGCUGUCCAGUGCGGAUGGUCCCGCAGUUCAUCGGUCGCCGAUGUCAUUGUACGACGAGUCCUCAACAAAGUGCGAAGGGCUCGAAACAUCUCGAGUUUGCAGGCGUUGAUGUCGCUUCCACAGGGCCGUGCGAGACGAUCCAAGCACGACGAUAUUACUGCGUGCGUGGUUGAUCUUUCCUCAUUUGUGUCCUAA